AUGGCUGUCCCACCAACGCCAGCAAACGGAGGUGCUGAGCAUCCUCCCCAGAAUUCGAUGUGGCGGACAGGUCUUCUUUAUGGAAUAGUGGCUCUCCUCAUGUUCUCUUCUCUCGGCACUAAAGACACCGGUCGCGCCAAGAGUAGUGGCGAAGCACGGUUGAGCGGAGGAGAUCAUGAUGGAGCAAAGCAAAUGAGCUUACAAUACACUCCCUUUGCCAAAAGAGGCGACUCGUACUCCAUUAUUAUUACAUCUGGCAAUGAUGGUGUAUUUGCGGAGGACAUAUUUCAAGAUCUUAUUCUGGAUGAUAACACUCGCGACGUGUCACGACAAUACACCGUUGAUUUGCGCCGCUGCCAUGCUGAAAACCGCAGCGUCAGCCUCACCAUUAAAACAAGCAUCCGUGGAAGGGAAUACGUUCAGGAGUUUCCCUUAGUGCGCCACUUGCCGUUUCGACGCAAAAGAGAAGAGCAGCACUUGUUUGCCAAAAAGGCAAACCCGGAGGAGGACGCAAGUAACACCACCGAUGAGGAACCAAUGACCGUGUGGAAAGCCUACUUUCAGCCAUCAUUGACCCUAAGUCCUAUUGUUGACUUUUCCAGUCCACUUCCCUCAGCAAUGAGGCCUUACUAUUUCAUGGACGACGCAACGCAGCAAUACCUGCCUUUAGUUUACAUUAACAACUUUUGGGUGCUGCGAGACCACUUGAUGGAAGUCAACGCCACAACAGCGGCUUCCGCGUUAAAUUUUACCAUCACGAUAUCUCCACGCCCUCUGUGGAAGUUUGCGCUCUAUGUUAACUUUGAAGAAUCUAUGAAACAGCAACAGGAGUUGGGCUUGGCAAAGUCUGGGGAUUCAGAUGAGACCAAGCGGAUAUUUCUGGAAACAAAUCCCUAUUUUUUAGCCCUGACUGGUCUUGUGAGCAUGCUGCAUAUGUUGUUUGAAUAUUUGGCGUUUUCGAACGAUGUAAAGUUCUGGCGACAUCGAAGCAAUUUUAAAGGUUUAUCGCUUCGUACGAUUGUGCUGAAUUGCUACUUUCAAACCAUUGUAUUUCUUUACCUUUUAGACGGUGACGAGACGUCGUGGGCUAUUCUACUCCCUAGCGGCUUUGGUGUUCUCAUCGAGUUCUGGAAGCUCACGCAAACUGUGCGCUUUGUGCGUCAGGACAAUGGGCGCUGGCGGCUGGCGUUCAACGACGGCUACGACAGGCGUACGCGCAAACAUGAUGAUCUCGCCGUGCGUUAUCUGAUGUACGCCAUGACGCCUGUUCUGCUCGCAUACACCGUCUAUUCGGCGCUCUAUAACACCCACAGAGGUUGGUAUUCGUUUAUUAUAAAUACACAGGUGCGCUUUAUUUACUUUUUUGGAUUUGCCAUGCUAACGCCGCAAAUUUUUAUUAACUACAAGAUGAAAAGUGUCGCACAGCUCCCGUGGCGGACGUUUGUGUAUCGCGCCCUCAAUACAGUUAUCGAUGAUCUUUUCGCAUUUAUAGUGAAGAUGCCAUGGCUGCAUCGCCUUGCGUGCUUUCGCGACGAUGUCGUCUUUGUCAUAUUGUUGUAUCAACGGUGGAUUUACCCGGUUGACGUCGGACGCAGUGAGGAGCCUGACAGCGACGGAGAGGAGAAGGCGACAGAGAACGCGACAGAGGCGGGGGUCAAUGGGAGUGAGGUGGCGGAGCCUGCAAAAGACGGUGAAAGGCAGACACCGGCGCUGAGGGACGCCGAGGAGCCACAUCCACUCUCUCAGGAGGCAAAAAAAGCGCAAUAG